AUGCGGCAGUUCCCUAAUGCCCCGAGGUUUCUUGAAGGAACACCAACAACAAAUUGGCAAGGAGAGGAUGGAAAGACUACAUGUGUCAUCGAAUUACACUGCUACCCUAUACCUACUUACAAAACGUUUUCGUUCCGUGCCCAUGCCCAACUGGCGUUUAUAUUGCAUAUACGGUCAUGGGAUGGCAGUUGGCAGUCCUGCAGUGGUUACUCUCGUGAUGGUUUAUGA